CGUGAAUUGUAUUUUAUUGCGGCCACCCCGCAAGCUCGAGUACACCGCGCCGUUCCCACAGCAAGCACGAUGUUUGGCUCGUUCGGUGCUCAGCCCGCGGCCCAGCCGGCCGCGUCUGGCUUCUCCUUUGGCGCGCCGGCCGCGGGGUCCUCGACGUCUGCCUUUGGCAGCAGCAGCACGCCAGCCACGGGCGGCUUUGGCGCCCCGGCGGCGCAACCUGCGUCCACGGGGUUCUCCUUUGGUGGCGCAGCGACGACACAGCCGACGUCUUCCUUUGGUGGCUUUGGCGCCGCCGCCUCGACGCCUGCAGCGGGCUCGACCGGUGGCUUUGGCUUUGGCAGCACCUCGUCGACGGCAACGACCGCGUCCACGACACCAAGCUCUGGCUUUUCUUUUGGCGCCGCCGCCGCUCCGGCCAGCGCGGGCGCUUUCUCAUUUGGCGGCGCAGCAGCCACGCCGUCGACGCCCUCCACGUCGGCGUUUAGCUUUGGCAGCAACAGCGCGACCGCGCCGUCAACGGGUGGCUUUGGCAGCGGCUUUGGUAGCGCCCCGACGUCCAACUUUUCGUUUGGCAAUGCGGCGGCCAAGCCAUCGGGCUUUGGCGGGUUUGGUGCCGCCGCGCCGACCGCGCCGGCGUUCGGUCUCUUUCAGCUCAACGCGGCGUCGUCGACCAACGCAUUUCCCGGCGCCACGAACGCGCUCGCGGCCGCCACGUCGGCGGCGGCCAAUUCGCCAAUGGAGAGCCUCACGGGCAUCCGCAUGGCGUACAUGGACCCGCAGCAGUCGCGCUUCAAGCACAUGCUCUACAACGCCGUCGACCCUGCGCAAAAGCAUUUGUACGUGCGACCGGCGCACAUUAGCGAGAAGCUGUGGACACAAGCGCAGCGCGACAACCCGGACCCGGCCAACUGCGUGCCCGCGGCUGUCAUUGGCUUCAAGGAGCUGUCGACACGCAUCAAGCUGCAGCAGGAGCACGCCGACAAGUUUGCGACGUACGCCGAAGACAUGGUGACGCAGGUCAAGGAAAUGGAAAAGACGUCGCGCGACACCGACGUCAAGCUCGCGCAGUGCCGCCACCAGCACGCUGCGCUCUUCCACCGCCUCAUCCAGCUCAUGCGCAAGCUCGAAGUCUUCAAGAACCUGCGCAAGCCGUUGCAUGCGGACGAAGUCAAACUCUUCGAGACGCUCAAGAAGGUGGCGAGCAUGCUCGACAACCCGACGCAGUUCAAGGCCCGCAUGAACGAGCUCAUGGCCCUCCAGGCGAUGCAGGCGGCCAAGCCCCACCCGGACCAGGAGCAAUGCCAGCUCUCGGACCAAGACCUGCACCUCGUGUUUGGCAUCAUGGACCGGCAGCGACAAGGCCUCGAGCACGUCACCAAGGUGCUCUCGCAGGACAUGCGCGACGUCGAGAUCAUGCAAAAGGCGCUGGCCGACGACGAUUACUAAGCCUAAAUACACCUUGUGUCCCGCA